AUGUUCAAUCUGUUGAAGUGUUCGAUGAGACAUUUUGACAUCGACAUCGAUGACAUACACCUGAUGCAUGAUGAUCCGUUUGUUCCAGAAUUUGCAAUCAUGCCGAUUAUAUAUUUUCCUACAUGGAGAACUAAAUGCGACGCAUUAGUGCGCGAACUUUCUCCUGGUGACUUGGUGGAAUUCGAUCGACAAAGGUAUUCGCAUUGGGCAGUGUACGUGGGCUUCCCGCGCGACUUCCGUCAACACCCUAUCAACGAAUCCCUGGAUGAAGAAGUUGCAUGCGUUCUUCAUCGAGCUAAUCCCCACGACAGCGAUGUUUUUAAUCUUGCUAGUCGCUCAACAAAUGUUAUGAACGGCGACAAAGCGACACGCAACAACUCAAUGGACCAAGAAUUUCGUCCAAGAGAACCCGGCGUCAUUGUGGGGGUAGCAUUUGCGGAAUUGCGGUCGAACGAUUCUGGUGAGGACAUCAAAAGAGAAUUUGCGGUCAUGACUUCCGAAUGGUAUAAUUUCUUUGAGUGCGACGAAUUUGUGUGCGAACUUUCUCCUGGUGACUUGGUGGAAUUCGAUCGACAAAGGUAUUCGCAUUGGGCAGUGUACGUGGGCUUCCCGCGCGACUUCCGUCAACACCCUAUCAACGAAUCCCUGGAUGAAAAAGUUGCAUACGUUGUUCAUCGAGCUAAUCCCCACGACAGCGAUGUUUUGAAUUUUGCUAGUCGCUCAACCAGUAUGAAUAAAGCUUCGCAUGGAAUUGGAAACGUAUGCAUCGAGCCGUUGGAAGAUGUUAUGGACCGCGAUAAAGCGAGAAAGAACAACUCACUAGACCAAAGCAAAGCUUCGAGAAAUCCGGACGACAUCGUGGGGGAAGCGUUUGCGGAACUGAGAUCACAGGGUUAUGGAAAUCAUGAAGGGUCGUCAUGCUACAAUGUUUUCUUCAACAACUGCGAGCAUUUUGCAAAUCACUGCCGAUAUGGAGAGAGAAGGAGUCAACAGGUUGACUCGGUAUUAGUUAAUGGUGCUUCUGUCCUCACUGUUGGUGUUGUGGCUGCAGGUUUGGGCUUUUACAUCAGCUGGGGAAACUAUGCCUGUGUGGCUGUGUUCGUUGGGUUAGGAGUAUUGAGUGAAUUGCUGAGUUGUUUUCUGAUUGAAAUUUUCGGGAUCGGAACGGGGAAUUUCGCGGAAAAGAAAAUUUGUGAGAUCUCCCAGUUAUCCUUGACUAUGAUUAUCUUGCGAUUGGGGAUAUUUGUUUCGACGCUUCCGCUUCUGCGCGUUUACGGGCAUCGUUCUUCGUGGUUCAAGAAAGAGUCCAAAGACGAAUUCACUUCCUUGCUUCAACCGGGGGACUUGAUAGAAUUUGAUCGCGGAACGUACCGGCAUUGGGCAGUUUUCGUCGGCACGCGAGAUGACGUCCCAUCGCUCUACCUCGAUUGUCCGUACUGUGGCGGACUACUCGGCAGUGUAUCUUUUAUGCGCCGUGUUGUCUGGAGUUUCGCGCGUGUCGUAGGAAUGUCACGACACCGGUGUGGUUGUGAUCGACACUUCGUGGUGCAUCGCGCUAAUCCUGCGGAUAGCAAUUUCGUCGGGAUGCUGAGCCAGAGUCGGAGUGUGAGCAAAGGAUUGAAUGGGAUCGGAAACGUGAUCUUGGAGGAUUUGGAAGAUGCCUGGGGAGACAGCGAAGCUCGGAAAAAUAACCGAUUCGAUAGCGUUCAUCCGGAUUUGGGUGUUCCACGGGACGAGGUUCUUCAGCGCGCUUUUGAAAGAUUUUGGAAGAAAGGUUCCGAAAUUCUUCAAGACGAGUACAAUGUCGUGGUGAACAAUUGCGAGCACUUCGCAGUUUGGGUGCGCUACGGGAAAAAAGACAGCGCUCAAGUUACUUGGUACUCAAUAAUCGUUGGAUUCUUUCUUUUAUUUUGGGGUCUGAAGCAGGAGGAUUGCCGUGAUCUGAUCUUCCCCGAUCAUGUCCAGAUGCGUCACCAACGCCUGUUGCGCUUUCUGUUCUUUUUGCCGUUGCGCCUCGGCGUGUUCCUAUAUGCCGUCCUCACGGCUAGAUCCGAGGACUUGAACCGUAACAGCCCUCUGCACAUUCUGGUCUCGAUUCUCUUGUUCUUGGCGCCAUUGGUGGAGGACAGGACUUUGAUGGUGCCGUGGUUGAUGGUUUAUGGAGCGGAAUUUGUCUACCUUUUCCCCUGGGACUGCUGCGGGGAUUUGUGUACGAGCUGGAAUUAUAUCCGGGAGCUUUUGUUGGCGUACGGCCUGUUGGUGGUGUCAUCGUACUAUUUGUUGCUGAAGGAUGUGGAAGAGACUGGAGGCGUUGAUCUUGGUCAUCAUUGGGUGCCUGGCGUCGGUCCCGAUGGAACAUUGACGGCGCAAGCCGCGAUCUCAGUGGGAGGGAAUGGUGGCGGAGAUGAAGAAGUAGAGCUUGUCGACACCGAUGUGGAAACAGAUGGCAUCGAAGUGAAUGCGGAAAUUGAUGCCAGAGCUAGUCGAGGCUACGAGCAAGAUCCCUUAGCCUACGGAGUCGGAUGCGAAGAAGUCACAGCUGAAAUCCCGGCUGUGAGCGUUGCCAGCCAACAUCACUCCACACGGAUCUCCGUGAACCAGAACCGAUCUCUGGUUUCGGCCAACGCUGCUAUCCAACGAACUUCGGAAGGUUAUCAAGAUCCGUGCGUCCCGCAACCGUUACCGGACUAUUGCUACGAGAAGAAGUCUAGCGGCAGAGGCACGGCUUAUCGUUAUGGUGCGAAGAGCUCUCGUCGUGGGUCCAAGAGUGCGAUGCGGGCGAGUUGUUUGCAAGAAGACACUGUUGAAGAGACUGUGGAUGAAGAAGCGGAGGAAUUCCGACCGAUUGACUGUCCACCUUGUCCACCUUGUCCUGGAAGCCGGUCCACCAAAAGUCGUAUAACUAGUCGAUCCUCUGCUCAUGGUCUUGAACGUAGUCAGUUCCCUUCUAUCUGUCCUGAAGGUGGACAAGGCGCCAGUCGAGUGGCGCCGGCUUCGCAGGGAGGUGUAAAACGUGCGAGCUUGACGCAAAGUCAGCGGACAUCCAGGAAGGGGAAAUUUGCGGACGUGUGUAAAGAUUUCAGGCGUUCUUCGGGUGCGGAUCAGCCUGUAUUAUCCCGAGGAUACUGUCCCGUUGAGCGAAAGGUGCAGAGAUGCUAUGCAGUAAGAAGGCAAGGUGGAGGCGGCGGAUUCCCGCGAGAAAGUGGAGAAGCGUCUAUGUGGCGUUCAGCGUGCUUUGUGAUGGGAAAGGGCGUGAGAUUGAUGCUGGGCACGGUUGCGUACAUCCUGGACAACGCAUUCGAUACGGGAGAUUAUCAAGAGGCGCUUCUGUCCUCGAGACUCCUUGGAAGGAAUCCUUCGCGGAAAACUCGUUGA